AUGACUUUUGACAAUGUCCAGUGUCGCCUCAGGUGCCUGGUCCCUGUGGAGCCAAGGGUGCUGCCCCGGUGGCAGUGUCACCUCAGGUGCCUGGUCCUUGUGGAGCCAAGGCCGCGGCGCCAUGUUAAAACAGCAAUCAGUAAUAUGGAGCAGGACUUAGCAGUGUUUCAGGAACAAGCUGUCGCUAAAGUUUCUCCAUGUGAAGCUGAACUUCAGGAAUUAGUGCAUCAAGUUGACAUCAUGGUAAACAGCAAGAAAGGGGAAUGGGAAAGGAAGAUGAAAGCUUUAGAAGCAAAGAUGGAUAUCCAGGAUAAAGAAUUAGCAAGUGCCCAAAGCAAACUGGAUCAAAAAGGUCAAGAGGUGGGACUACUUCAACAGAAACUGGAAGACUUACAGAAAACUAAGUAUGAAAUGGCUCAAAAUUAUGAAACUCAGCUUCAAGCACUGAAAUAUCAAGUUUCAAAGUUGGCGCAUAGUUAUGAAAAGCUACAGUCACAUCAGUUAAAACAAAAAAGGGUUGAAAGUAGAAAAAAGUGUGAGGAAAGCCUAGAUACACCAGCUGAACUGAGCAAUUUAUACAAGAAACUGGAGGAAUUUAAGGCAAAAUCAAGAGAAUGGGAUAAGAAGGGGACAAUCUGCCAAAAUUAUCUUGUUUAUUUAGAUGCUCAACAAAAAUUAUUGUCUGAGAAAUGUAAUUUAUUUCAGAAGCAGACACAGAAUUAUCAAUUCCAAAUAAUCAAUAAGAAACAAAACCAAGAAGAGGUAAUUACUUAUGGCCAGCCCAAAAGUGAAAAGGAUGAGUUGAUUAUUGAAAAGCUAAAGGCAACUGUGAAUGAAAUAGCAAUAAACAAGAAGAAACUAGAAGAGGAAAAUCUGAAACUCCGUGAGGAUCUAAAAAUGUACCAAAACCAGUGCCAGAACAUGGAGGCAGGCUUUUCAGAAAUGAGAAAUGAGCUGCAGUCACGGGAUGCUCUCUGGAGAAGGAUACAACUGGAAUACCAACAGUUGCACACAGAGUUAUUGAAAAUUAGAGAGUAUAAAGAUAUGCAGGAAAUUCAAAUAAAGCAUCAGUCAUCUUGUGUACAACUUACUGAGGAGCUAGAAAAUAAAAAUGCUGACUUCUUACUAUUGGCACAAAGUCAAGCAUGCCAACGAGAAGAGCUAAACAAGAUAAGAAACCAUGUUUAUCAAGAGGAGCAGUCCCAUUGCUCUGAGCAGGAAAGAAUGAAGACAGAAAUCUCUGACCUGACAGAAGAGCUUCAUCAGAAGGAGAUCACUAUAGCAACUAUCAUGGAGAAAGCUAGUCUUCUGGAAAGACAGUUAAAAAUGGAGUUAGAGAUAAAAGACAAAUUGUUAGCAAAACAACAGUUGUUGGAUUUCCAAUACAAAGUUAUCAAAUCUGAAAACACACAUCUAAAAGAGAUGGUGGAAAACCAGGAGUGCAAGAGUUGCACGAGUAAAGAUUUAUCUAACAAAGAACAUGGGAAUUUCACAGCUUCCAUUCACAAACUGGAACAGGAGAAUGUAAGAUCACAAAAUAGUCUCGUUAAACUACCAAAUGACACAAAAACAUCGAUGCUGAGUCACAUGGAUCCAUAUGGAGAAACAGAGCACAGCUACCAAACCCAUUCAAAGAUGCAAGAAAAGGAAAAGAGAACUUUCCGAAAGGAAGAUGCAUGGGAAAUGGAACAUCAACAGACUGCUAUGUUCACAGCCAGUGGAUACCACAGAAACUGCAGUCUGGCUUUAUACAGCCAAGGCAGUAUCACUGGUUCAAAAAGUGAUAGCAGUUUAUCUUCUCCUACACUUCACAGAGGUCAUGAAAAGAAAAUAGAUUAUAAAUCUCCAUCACCACCAAUGGGGUAUCCUUUGCACUUUGGUGGGCAAUUUCCUGAAAAAGGCAGAACAGACAGCUUGCUGAGCCCUGCUUACAAUGCCGAAGAAAUCAAAUUAUCGUCUCCCCCUGAGAUGUCCUUCCUUGCAACGACAGAAAAGUUCCUUCAAGAGGAAGAGAAACAUACAAGAGAGUUUGAAGAACGUUUAAAUUCGCACCUCGAAGAACUGCAAAGACAUUCUGAAAAUACUCUAAAAAAAUAUGCCAGGAUACAGCAAAGCCGGCAUACUUAA